AUGCUGAUACCGAUACCAGGCAACAAUGUUGGCCUGUAUUCCCAUGCCUAUGUAUCAAGCUUUGUACGCACUUCACUAAUUUUUAAUGGAAACAUCAAUCAAAUUCACAUGUGUCAGACGGAAUAUGAUUGGUUGCCGGUCAACUUGCCGUGGAUGGCUGUCUUCAAGUUGGAACCUUCGCUGCGUAGGAGGCAUCAUUGCAACAACAUCAUCACAAAAGCAAAGCUGGCCAUCACGAAUGGAGCGACGGCUGUCAUAUUUGACGUGAAGCACGAUAAAAAUUAUUCAAAAUUGCUCAACAAAAAGCACCGCAUCCUGCUAACCAGGCCAGUGCUGGUCGUCAGUGGCAGAGCAUCGGAGAAGCUGCAACGAGUUCUCUUCAACUACCAGGCUGCUAUGGCCAGCAUCAAAGUUUUGCCAGUAAACAUCCCAUCAGAGAAACACCUUCUUCCUCCACUUCCUCUCCCUCCUUCCUCUUCCGAAACCCCCUCCAUGGUCAGUUACAAGACGUCCAUCAUAUCAUCCGUCUGCAUCGUCUGCCUGUCGCUCUUCAUCGUCCUUCUUCUCUUCAUCAAAAUAAGAAAACAGAGAAACUUGACGCUCCUCAAAAGGAACCAGCCAAUUAAAAAAGUGCUCGAACAAAUGAAGGUGAUGACAUACAUGGAGCUGAACAGCACGCAUUGUAGCAACAACACCAACAGCAACAACAACCACACUGACAUGCAACAGCAUUCAACACACAGCUGCAUACAUCAACAGACCGCAAAAGUGCGUCAACACAUCAAUGCUCGUUACGACAAGCCCCAUCAUCUCAACAACAAUUAUUGUAACCAAAACCAGUCCAGCAAAUUUAGCAACAUCAUCAUUGAGAAACACUGCAUAAUUUGCUAUGAAGACUAUAAAAAAGAUGAUCUGAUACGCCUACUGCCUUGCUUCCACAUUUUCCACAAGAGGUGCGUCGACCGGUGGCUCAUAUUGAAGAAAACAUGUCCUCUCUGUCUCUUCCACGUCCUCACAGAUGCAGGCAGUGAUCAGAACAAGACAACAACAACAACCUCAAUUGCAACAGCAACCAGAUCAACCACGUUGACAACUAUAACAUCUGCAUUUUCACCGGAACAUCAUCCAAUGAGGAUGGUGCACCAAGACAUCCAUAAUGAACCAGCAAACAUUUCAAUCAAUCUCUUUUCUCAUUCGUCUUCAUCACACUUAACAAAAACUUUAAAAGACAACAGCGCUCGUCAAAACGUCAAUCCAACUUCACACACGUCUUUUGCAGGCGACCUGAAAUCUCUGCACGACAACACGACGCACACCGCAGUACAGUCAUCAUCUACGACAGCCAAAAUUGCUGGCUUCAUCUCAAAGAGUCGCUCUGAGAGCAAAUUUGUUAAAAUGGAGAAAAAAUCUCCAAGAAGAACUUUUUUAAUCUCACCCUUAACUCUGCAAAAAUCAUCACUGCCUUCAAUUUUGUUAUCAUCAUCAUCGUCGUCGUCAUCAUCGUUGCCGCCCGAAGCAAUACAAUCAUUAUCAAAUAAAUUGAAUUCCAAGGUUUUACUUUUAGACGCUGGCACGUCGAAUACGUUUUUAAAUUCGUCAUCAUCGUCACCAUCAUCGUCAUCAUCUCUUGCUGUUUGUGUUCCGUCCAUGAACACGCUGAAAUUGUCUUCUUCAUCGUUAUCAUCGUCAUCGCCAUCACUGCUCGAACCACUUCAAUCAUCUGACCACAUCUUCGAUAAUCAUCACCAUUAG